GUUUACGCAAGACCAGCUCGAAAAGAGAAUAUGCGCGCAGAAAGAGGCAUAUAACAUGUAUACGGUACCAUAAUUUUAGAUCACCUGCUUACAGAUCGAGAUGUCAAAAGAGACGCUGAAAACAAUUGGUAAGAUUGGACUAGGGGUCUGUAUGACUGCCAUCACUGGUUUCUACGCCUUAGAAGAGUCCAUUGGUUAUGUCAGCAGGGUUGAUGGUGUCUCUAUGCAGGACACACUGAAUCCAAGUAAAUCGAGGAAACAACAUGACUAUGUUUUCUUAAGCAAAUCACACAAUCUUCUGAAGAAAGGGAAUAUAAAGCAUGGCGAUAUUGUGUCUAUCAAAUCUCCAAGACAUCCAGAAAAGUACCUGAUAAAGAGAAUAGUCGGUUUGGAAGGAGAUAUUGUGAAAAUUCCAGAAAACACAAAAAUCAACAAACGUUGGGACAAUCCUGAAGGGACACUGAAUUACACAAAAAGGACAAUACAGGUCCCUCAAGGUCACUGCUGGGUGGAGGGGGAUAAUGCAAGAAUGAGUGAAGAUAGCAACAAGUUUGGACCAAUCUCAAUAGGUCUUAUCACUGCCAAAGCAACACACGUGGUGUGGCCACCCCAUCGCAGGAAACGUUUGGAGUCCAUUGAAGCUCCCCCGGAAAGAGUUAUCAAAGAGUGCCAGCAACUAAAUAUAUAAGGACCUCAUUUUACAUAAAAAAAGAAACAAACUGUGAUUUGCAAAUAUACAUGUGUGAUAAAAUUCUGUGCUGUAGUGUGUGCAAGGCAUUUGUAAUGUAAAUUCAUGUUUAUGUGAGAUUAAAAAAAUGAAUGUGUACGUUUUUGUAAGAGGAUGUCAUGUAUAUGUAUAUAUAGGAAAAUCCUCAUAUAUCAAUAAUUAUAAUAUUGUUUGUAGUAUUACAAUAAAUUGUUUCAAAUGUU